AUGAACGAAGAAGAGGCCAGUAACCAAAUCCAGGAACUGUUGAAAGAUGUCAAUCAGGGCCGACCAAGAGACCACAAGAGGAUUAUUGAAUUGUUGAGGGCAUUACCAAAUGUGGCGUUGGUGCCUUUCAUCAAAAGUGGAUGGGGCAGCGGCAGGUGUACCAUUCUAAACCAAUUGGUCCAGGAGAGAGCACCCCUGGAGGUGGUCCGCAGUGUGGUGGAGGCUGCGCCCGAGUCAGUACGGGCACAGGUGAAUGAUGAUGACUUUCUACCAAUACACACUGCGUGUUGGCACAAGUGGCACGAGAAGGACUAUUCUGAUGUCAUCAUUUACCUGGCGCAGCAGUAUCCAGAGAGCAUGAUGGAAAAAUACAAAGGAAAUGUGGAACAAUUGCCAAUCCACCGGCUGGCGCAGGGAGAAGAUGGAAUUCUCAAGGCCAUCAAAUACAUGGUAGCGCAAAUCCCAGGCCUUGUAUCAACUAAGGACAAGUUUGGCUUCCUCCCACUGCAUUAUGCCUGCAGCCCCUCACCUUGA